AUGCCUGCCGAGACGAAUGGGGUCGCUGUGCCAGGGAACCACAAGAUCCACAAGUGUGAACAUUGCGGCGAAGAAUGCCCGUCUCGAAAUGCGCUCUUCAAACACCUUGCGGCGAAGUGCGAUCCUUUGGCCGCCAAAGUGAAGGAGGGCAAGGAGAGAAUCCUGUUCUGCGUUGGCUAUUUGGGUUCGCGGUACCGUUGCAGCGCGCUGCAGAACGACCGCGACGAAGCGCUGCAGCGCAGCGUGGAGGGCGCGCUGCUGGAGGCGCUUCGCACGGCGCAGCUGGAGCCGCUGGGCGUGGUGCGGGGCGCCCGCACCGAGCGAGGCUUUCAUGCUGCCGAAAAUGUCAUCAUUGUGACCGUGAAGCCCUGUGUUCUCAACGAAGAAGACCUGCGCGAUGCCCUCGCUGCCACCGAGCUGCGGCUGCUCUCUUCGCCCAAGGUUCUGGCGGAGAAGCCGCAGUCGUCCAUCUUCGAAAAGAUCUAUGCACCAAGGCGGAAGACCUUUGCGGUUCACAUCCCAUACUUCGCCUUGAUCACAAGGUCAGAACGGGAGGUCUGGUGUGGAGAUGUUCCACCCUUAGGAGGUUUAUGGUUUGGUCCAGUCCAUGAUGCCUGUAGUGUUGAGGAGGUCCUGGAGCUGCUGCAAAGUCUGAAAGUGAAUGUGUCUGCCAAAGACGUGGACUUCGAAAAGGGCAGAGGACAUGUGCAGGUCAGGAUGUCUGAUGAGAAGGCCACAGAGCAAGCUUUGCAAAGGCUCCAGGGCUUGGAAUGGUACGGAAAUGUGCUGAGUGCAGCACCAUUGUCGGAAGCCUUGGCAAAGUUUGAGGUGCAUCGACGGGUGCGGAGUGCUUUGAAGGAGCUGAAGGGUGGGCCUUGCGCGCGCAAAGGUCUUCGGUCAUACCACAACUUCAUGUCGCCCUCGCCGGCGUUCAGAGAUACCUGUGCUAUGCGUCAGCUGCUCCAUUGCUCCGCCAUGGGCCUGCAGACGCAGCGAAGGACAGGCCCCGGCGGCCCCUGGAUCCAUGGCGAUUGGACCGCCAUUUUCUUCGCGGCGACGGAUUUUGGGCCACAGCAAGUGCGGCGGAUGGCAGGGGCCUUGGUGGCUACGACCCGUCAAUCGGAACCUCUAGGUUACAUCGCCCAAUGCUUCGAGGCCGCAGCGCUUUUGGCGCCGGCGGUGCCGUCGGAGUGCGUGGCCCUGGACUCGCUGGAGCUUGGAGCUUGUGAUGCCAACUGGCGACGCGCCGCGCAGGUGGAUGAAGCGGAAGCUGCCGCCAUGCGGAAGGCCAUCGAAGAGCGGGUCAGGACAGAAGCACUGGAACCUUGGAAGGAAUUUCUGCAAUUGUUGGACUGCGGCUCCACCCGAUCGCUUCAACGCCUGGAGCUUUUCCAAGCGGCGGAAAAUGGAGAUGUGGAUGCUGUGCAAAAGGCUUUACGCCUUGGCGCUCCAGUGAAUGCCGCCAACGAGUACGGCCAAAGUGCUGUCUUCCUGGCUGCUGUGGCAGGAGCCGUGGAGGUUCUGCGUUUCCUGGCCGCCUCUGAUGCGGAUUUUACACGCUGUGACAAUGCUGGGAUCAGCCCAUGCCAGGCCGCUGCCUUCUGUGGGCGCCGUGCCGCCUUGGAAGAGAUGGCGGAAGUGGCUGCAGUGAAGCUGGAAGCGACGAGGCUGUUAGCUGCACGGCCACCGGCAGUCCCAGCAGUCCCUGUGGUGUCGUCGGUGGUGUCGGCUGUGAUCCCCGAAGGCGUCCAGCACCCGGGUGCCGGCACCGUGGUCAUCGAUGGCGCCUUUGAAGAGGAGAUUUUGCUUCGACUGGGGAGCCUUUGGCAGAAGUUGCCAUUGGCCCCCAAGGAGAAAGCUUCACCCACAGAACGCGCCUACUUCGACGACGUGGAGGGCUGGAUGACUGGUGCGUUAAACGCAGCGGUUCGAAGUGCAAAGCUAAACGACGCUGAUUCAACUGUGUCUCGCGUGCGCUUCCUGAUUUAUCCACACCCUGGUGGAUCGCUCCCAGCACAUGUCGACUUGCCUCGAUAUGACAAGAACGGCCUGCGGUCCACCUACACCUUCCUGUUGUACCUCAGCGACUGCAUCUCAGGAGGUGAGACGACCUUCCUGGAGUCCCUGGAGGGCGACGUUUUGCUGGCGCCCAGCGGCGGCGUGGCCCCCGGGCAGCGCGAAACGCUGGGGGCGGUGAGUCCCAAGCGCGGGCGGUUGCUGUUGAUGCCCCACGCAUGUCCACAUUUGGCCGCUCCCGUGGUGGAAGUUCCGAAGGUCUUGGUCCGUGGGGAGGUGAUGCCUCCGCCAUCCGUGGAGAGCGCCCCGCGAACGUUCGCGACCUGCGACGGUGCGUCGACGUCACUGGAGGAGGUGGCCCCUGGCGUCACCUCACGGUGGAAAAGAUAUUCCAAGCUGAGGCCCGGCAUUCCAAAGCCAAGGGUCAGAAAUUGGAUCCUUCAGGCCAGACAGGUGUUGUCAGGCCAGCGGCCCAUGGCUGUGGGCCAGGCCGUGUUGAUGUGGGCUCAAAGCUUUGCACUCUUCUUCAAAGGUGUUGAGGACUGCCCCAUAUGUUACAAUGUGAUCCAACUCACCACGCAGACGAUCCCAAGAAAGGCCUGUCCCACCUGCAAGCACAAGUUCCACAACGAGUGCCUCUACCAGUGGUUCCGGACCUCAUCAAAGACAACCUGCCCCUUAUGCAACCAGCCGUUUUGA